AUGCUCGAAGCACUGAGAGAGACAUCACGAGAGAUAGAUCAACCGAUCAUGAUUGUAACAGAUGGUUUGGACGAAUGCAAUAUGAAUGAGCGGAAAGACUUCAUAAAGGUCCUCACUGGCCUUAAGAAGACAUCCUGGAAAUCCUUGGUAACAAGCAGAUUUGAUCAAGAUGUUUUGUCCCAGGCUUGUGAUGGUUGCUUCCAAUUCUCCAUCAAAGAUGAAAAUGUCGAGGAUGAUAUCCGGAAUUUUGUUGACAGUGCCCUCAGAGGGAAUGAGCCAGUCGACAACAUGUUGAGCGAUCGAGCGUUUAGAUUGGAAGUCAUCGAAACUCUGACCUCUCGUGCUCAUGGCAUAGACGGCUUCCUAGUUUCCGGCCUCGCAUUCUCAGCUUAUGCAAAACAGGUUCUACUGGGUCUCCCUUCUAAAUCACGUAUCGCAGAGUCAGCACCUAUAACGGCUCUAGCAAUGAGUCACGCAAUUGGUGUGUCACACGUCCUAGACUCCAACAGAUAUCAUUCGAAGCUCAGCGAGGAUGAAAUACCUAACCCGGCAUCAAUCAUCGGAUGCUGCAUGGGUCUAAAUGCGAUGGAUCCAGUUAUCAGAGUUGUGACGCUGGCUCAUUUUGAUAUAGCAAAAUACAUGCAAACACAUCGGGGGGUUCUGUUCUCAUGGAAAGGAAAACUGAUGCUUGCAAACAUCACCCUGGCUUAUCUUUCUCUGGAAGCUUUCUCUACUGGCCUUUGUCGUCAAGCGGAUGCAUUUACCAGACGUCUUGAGGCGUAUCCUUUUUUAGACUACGCUUCUCGCCAUUGGGGUCACCACGCUCGCGAGGCUAUGUUACUUCAAGACGCCGAUGCCAAAGAGGGCAAACAGACACUCGUUGGGAAUCUCAAUGGGUUGCUGAACGAUCGAAUGAACCUUGAAUCUUCACUCCAAAUUAGGAGUGUAUCCAAGCUACCAGUAGCAGCACAUCAUGGAUUCUCUGCGAUCGCUCGGGAACUCAUGAAAAGUCAACCGGAGCUGGUGUUCAGUCAGGACGAUUUUAGGACAUCAGCAGUGCAUGAAGCUGCACGCGCUGGGUGGGAUGGUCUCGUUGACGUGUUGCUUCAGGCCGGGGCUCCACCUUCUCCAAAAGACAAAGACGAGAAGGCACCGGUACACUCUGCUCCUCAAUACCAACAUCAUCUCAUUGCACUCAAAUGA